GAGGAGGAGGAGGAAGAGGAAGAGGAGGAGGAGGAGGAGGAGGAGGAGGAGGAGGAGGAGGAGGAGGAGGAGGAGGAGGAGGAGGGCCUUGCUCUGAUCAACAUGGCGGAUAACAAAGCGCAGGCUCUGGGCUGACAGAGCAGCACUGAACACGGAGCUAUGGAUCAGAACCAGAAACACCACGACGGCUACAGCAGCGGCCCGUACACCCAGCAGAACCACCAGAACCAGAACCACCAGAACCACCAGAACCACCAGAACCACUACCAGCAGAGCCUCCUCCCCGGCUAUGGGAGCGCUGCAUACAUGACGGGUCCCUCCGGAGCGACUCCGACCCUCAACCGGCUGCUGAGGUCGUCCGGCCCGGUGCUGCGAGCAGGAGACCAGCAGGUGGCAGCGAUGGACCCGAUGGCGAUGAAGCGCUCUCAGCUCUACGCUCUGAGCAACAACCUGUACUCCCAGCAGCAGGGGGCGCUGUACUCCAGCCAGCCCUACGGCUCCCCCUCCCCCCACAGAUACCCCGUGGGGAUGCCCAGCAGAGGGCAGAUGGGGAUGGGAGGGAUGCAGUACCCUCAGCAGCAGAUGGGUUCUCCGUACGCUCAGCAGCAGAACGUGGGCGGUUACUGUCAGCCGGGUCAGCCGCCGUACUUCAGCCCUCCGCAGCAGCAGCCUGCCGCCCCGAGCCAGCCGCCCUACAUGCAGCCACGCCCACUGCCUCAACAGGAGGUCCCCCAGGAGGCGUUCGGGGGGCGGGGCCAGUCCGCCGCUAUGACUCCUGGGAAACCGAACCACGAGGAGAUGAGUCUGAGCCAACAGGAGAGGCCGUCCAGCCUGCCGGAUUUAUCCGGCUCCAUCGACGACCUGCCCACCGGCACCGAGGCGGCGGUGAGUUCAGGGGCGUCGGGCUCCAGCAGCACUCAGGGCGACCAGGGGACCCCGGCCCGUUCUCCUUUCUCCCCCCACGUCUCGCCUCGACUCCCCCCUCCUGCUCGCACCGGGCCCUCCCCUUCCCCGUCACUGUCCCCCGCCGGGUCCAGCAACCAAUCCCGAUCCGGACCCAUGUCCCCGGCCCUGAGCGGACCAGGUUUCCCUCCCUCCAUGCAGCGUAGCACUCCGGGGCCUCAGUUUGGCCCCCAGCAGUCAGCACUGCCCAUGUCCCCUCACACAGCGCCGGGGGGGCCAAUGCACCACGGCUCCUACCAGCAGGGGGGCUCCUAUGGCCAGUACGGCCCCCCAGGUAACUACCCUCGCCCCCACUAUGGCGGGGCCCCCAGUCCCAACUACAGCGGCCCUGGUCCGGGCCCCGGCUUGGCCAACAGCCUGGGGUUGAACGGCAGCAGUCCCAUGCACGGUCAGGGCCCGUCGACGCCGGCGGGUCGCGGUCCCGGGCCCGGCGGGGGUCGGCCUUAUCCCGCCGGAGGGAGCGCCAUGGCCCCCACAUCCCCCGGCAUGCCUCAGAGCGCCGGCCAGGGCAUGGGGCCCCCGGGGCCCAACGCCAGCCGCAAACUGCCUGAGGUCGGCCCCAACGCCGGACCAGGUGCCAACUCCUCCACCUCUGCCACCGCUCAGAGCAGGCCUCCCUUUGCUCGUUCCCCAGCCUAUCAGAAGCAGUCCUGGCCCGGGGGUCGACCGGCCCUCUCUCCUACCCGUCACGUCUCUCCUCCUCCUCCUCACCACCAUACUCAUCCCCAGCCCACCGUGCUGACCCCCCCUGAGCAUUAUGGGCAGGGCAGCUAUCUGGGACUGGCACGAAUGGGAGGAAUGGGAGGAAUGGGAGGAAUGGGAGGAAUGGGCCCUGGAGGUCCUGGAGGUCUUGGAGGUUCCGGAGCAGGUCCCUACAGCCAGCAAGCAGGCUGCAACUCUGUGAGGAUGGCAGCACAGGGCCCCCCCUACAGCGGCCCCUCCUCAGGUCCAGCGAUGAUGUCAGCAGACGGGACGACCGCCUAUCCAGACGCCAAGCAGCGGGUCGAGCUCUGCAAAGAGGGCGUGGCCUCCGAUCCGCCCAGGCCCAAGAAGCCCAGCGUGGCCACCGUGACCAACGAGAAGAUCAGCCGGCUGUACGAGAUGGGCUGUGAGCCGGAGAGGAGGCCGUGGGUGGACCGGUUCCUGUCCUUCAUGGAGGACAGAGGGACGCCCGUCCCAAACCUGCCCGCCGUCGGAAAGAAACCCCUGGACCUGUGCAGACUCUACCUGACGGUGAGGGAGAUCGGAGGCCUGGCCAUGGUGAACAAGAACAAGAAGUGGAGGGAGGUGUCGUCCCUGUUGAACGUUGGGACCUCCAGCAGCGCGGCCAGCUCUCUGAAGAAGCAGUACAUCCAGUACCUGUUCGCCUACGAGUGUAAGGUGGAGCGAGGAGAGGAGCCCCCGUCUGAGGCCCUGGGGCCCACCGGAGAGCCCAAGAAACCCCGUCCCCAGGCCAGGAUCCAGCCCCCUUCCCCAGCCAACUCGGGCUCCCUGCAGGGCCCCAACACCCCUCAGUCCAGCAGCAGCUCCUUGACCGAGGCCCCCGGAGACCUGAAGCCCCCGACCCCAGCCUCCACCCCGCUCAGCCAGAUGGGCCCCCAGCCCGGAAUCAGAAACUAUGUAGGAGUGAGCGUCCAGGACCCGUUUUCUGAAGGCAGCGAUCCAGCCUUCCACACCAAGCGAGGCCCGGGACCCGGCGGCGGCGGCCCCUACCAGCAGGGAGGAGGUCCGACAGAGUCCUCAAUGAGGAUUCAGUACGACGCCAACAAAGACCCGUACGGAGGACCGAGGAAAGGUCCGGGGCCCGGCGAGGCCUUUGGUCCCGGUCAUAUGCCCAGCGGUGCCAUGCAGGACAUGUUCCCCCGCGGGCCGCCCUCGGGGCCCCUGACGGUGUUGGGCCCCAGACCUCAGUACCCCUACGGCCCCGGCUACGAGCGGAGGCCGGAGCAUGUGAUGGGUCCGGAGGGAGGCAUGGCGCCCCCUGCAGGUCAGAACAGCAUGGGUCCAUCUGGAAACGAGGCCGGCAUGUUUCCUGCCAACAGAUACCCCCAGCAGAGACAUGACGGCUACGGGCAGCAGUAUCCUCACAGCAUGGCCUACACUUCCCAUCAGCCCCUGUACCCUCAGCAGCAGGGUUUCAAGCGAGCGUUGGAGGGCGUUUAUCCGCCUGCGAAGCGUCAUGAAGGCGAGGCGUUCGCGGUGCAGCAGUUCGGCUACAUGGGCCCCGAGCGGCGGCCGGCUGGGCAGUACCCGUACCCGUACGCCCGGGACCGACAGGGGCCACCGCAGCACGGCAUGUUGGGGUCGGGGCCGGCGGGGGGUCGGGGAGCGGCCGCAGCCCAACAUGUGGCCCCCAGGACAGACUUGGGCUACACGUUCAGCCGGCAGGGCCAGGGGCCCCCAGUCAUCUGGGCCAAUGCCAGCCGCCCCCCCUCCUCCUUCCAGGCCCCGCCCACCGCCUCCAACCAUGUGACCCGCCCUCAAAGCCCCUCCUCCUUCCAGCGGCCCCUGGGGGGUCUCUGUCCCCCAACGGCUCCCCCUACCCCCCUCUAUGAAGAAGCCUGCCCCCCCCCCACACUCAGGGCCUCCCCCUCGUCCACAGAGAGGUCAGCUUCCCCCCGGCUCCGUGGAGGCCACGCCCCCAAACUGAAGCCACGACGCCGGCUCACCGCCAAGGACACGGGAACCCCGGAGGCGUGGCGGGUGAUGAUGUCACUGAAGUCGGGCCUAUUAGCUGAGAGCAGCUGGGCUCUGGACACCAUCAACAUCCUGCUGUACGACGACAGCAGCGUGAGCUCCUUCAGCCUCACACAGCUGCCUGGUUUCCUGGAGCUCAUCGUGGAGUAUUACCGCCGCUGCCUCAUCCAGAUCUUCGGCCUCCUGGAGGAGUACGAGGUUGGAGCCGAGUGCCAGGGGACCCUGCUGGGACCCCCGCCCAACCACCACAAGGAUGAGGAGGAGGUGCUGAAGGAGGCGUCCUCUGAUGACCUAUCAGUGGAGGAGCAAAGGACACCCAGGAGGUCGGAGGAGGAGGAGGAGAUGGAGGGGCUACUCAAUGCUGCACCAAACACUGAGGAGGUGAAAGGCGGUGAACCUGUCGUCAAAGAGGAGGUGGUGGUGAAGGAGGAGCAGCACCAGGAGCAGGCAGAGCUCCGCCCCCAACAGGCCAGCAAGUACGACAAGCUUCCAAUCAAGGUGGAGGAGGAGGGGGAGGAGUGGGAGGAGCUGGAGGAGCGCUGUGCCGAGCUCAGCCGACCCAACGGCUUCGUCAGCGGCCUCCUGCACUGGAGGGCCGGAGGAGGAGACUCCACCGCUCACAUCCAGACGGGAGACACCGCCGCCACCAAGCCAGCAGGGAGGGAGGAGAACCCGUCAGGCUCCCCUCCGGAGGUCAGAGGUCGGAGGUCACCGGCGGCUCAGAGUCCCAUCGGCCGUCUGGAGGACGAGCCUCGCUGCCGGGACGAGGCUCCUCUGUCCUCGGCCGAGUCCUGGCAGGACGCUCUGGCCAAACGCUGCGUCUGCAUCUCCAACGUCGUGCGCAGCCUCUCCUUCGUCCCGGGCAACGACGCCGACCUGUCGCGGCACCCGGGCCUGGUGCUGAUCCUGGGCCGGCUGCUGCUGCUGCACCACCACCACCCGCGCCGGAAACGGACGCCGCCCGGCUACCGGCGGGAGGAGGAGCCGGGGCUGGCCUGCAGCCGGGACGAGUGGUGGUGGGACUGUCUGCCGGCGCUGCGGGAGAACACGCUGGUGACGCUGGCCAACAUGGCGGGCCAGCUGGACCUGUCGCGGUACCCCGACACCAUCUGCCUGCCGGUCCUGGACGGGCUGCUGCACUGGAUGGUCUGCCCGUCCGCCGAGGCCCAGGACCCGUUCUCCUGGGCGGGCGCCGUGUCCUCGCUCAGCCCUCAGAGACUCGUCCUGGAGUGUCUCUGCAAGCUGAGCAUCCAGGACGGAAACGUGGACCUGCUGCUCGCCACGCCGCCCUUCAGCCGCCAGCAGAAGCUUCUUGCCGCGCUGGUGCGCCUCGUUGGCGAGAGGAAGAGCCAGGUGUGCCGUGAGAUGGCGGUGGCCGUCCUGUCGAACCUGGCGCAGGGCGACCCGGCGCCGGCCCGGUGCCUCGCCCUGCAGAAGGGCAGCGUGGGAACUCUGAUGGGCUUCCUGGAGGACAGCGUGGCCGUGGCUCAGUACCAGCAGAGCUCGCACGCUGCGUCGCACGCCGCGCCGCCGGAGCCGCCCAGCGUCAACAUGAUGUGCCACGCCGCCAAGGCGCUGCUGGCCAUGGCGAGGGUGGAGGAGAACCGGGCGGAGUUCGUUCUGCACGACCGGCUGCUGGACGUCUCGCUGUCGGCCGCCCUCGACUCCUCGGUGGCGGCCAUCUUGUGUGAAGUACUCUUUAAAAUCGGCCGCUCGUGACACGAACACGCCACCAC